AUGGACUUGUCUGUACUUGAAAGGCUUAAAUGGCUGCAACAGCAGCAAAUGGUUUCACCUGAGUUUCUUCAGAUACUUGGCUCGGAUGGGAGAGAAGAGCUCAAAAGGGUUGAGAGUUAUUUGGGAAACAACAAUGAUGAGUUGCAGAGUUUCAGACCUUUCCCAGAAUUCGGACCGGACUAUGAUACCAUUGAUGGCUGCAUUUCCAGGACAAGCAGCUUCCAAAUGGAACCAGUGAAGAACAAUGAAGAUAACAGACGCGUUGCCUUGCAGAACAAGCGAAAACCAGAGGGAAAGACAGAAAAGAGAGAGAAGAAGAAGAUCAAAGCAGAGGAUGAAACAGAGUCAAGCAUGAAAGGAAAAUCAAACAUGAGCAACACAGAGACAUCCUCAGAGAUUCAGAAACCAGAUUACAUCCAUGUGAGAGCUAGACGAGGUGAAGCCACCGACAGACAUAGCUUAGCAGAAAGGGCAAGGAGAGAAAAGAUAAGCAAGAAGAUGAAAUGUCUUCAAGAUAUAGUUCCUGGAUGCAGCAAAGUUACUGGAAAAGCAGGUAUGCUUGAUGAGAUCAUCAACUAUGUCCAAUCUCUGCAACAACAAGUCGAGUUCUUGUCGAUGAAGCUCUCUGUCUUAAACCCAGAUCUUGAGUUUCAUAUCAAUGAAUUAUCCACAAAACAGCUUCAGGCUCACUUCACAGAUCUUCCAGAAGCUGUCUCGAAGCAGUCAAUGAUGGCGGCGGAUCUACGGUCUUUUCCAUUACAUCAUCAAGGAUCUCUAGAUUACUCAGUCAUUAACUCAAACCAAAUCACACCUCUCGGCGCUAAAAAACAGACAUCUUCAAGCUGGGAAACUCACUCACAGUAUCUUUACAACAGCUUGACAACCGAUUCUGCUUCCAAUUUCUUCAGCCUCAAGUAA